AUUUUAUUUAACUUUCAUUAUUUAUUUAUACAUUAUAAUUAUUUUAUUCCUUUUCUUUAUUUAAAAAAUUCACGGAUAUUUUUAAUGAAUUUUUUAAUUUUUAGGAAAAUUCCUCUGGCAGAAAAAGACAGAAAUAUACCUCAAAUUUUUGCACAAUUCUGAAAAUCAAAACGUGUAUGCUGGGAUAUUCCAAUUCGGAUGAUGUCAAAUGCUUAGAGGACCAAGAGAUCGAAAAUUUAAUCCGGAAAGAAGAUUUUUAUCAAUUUUACGAAAUCGAAAAGGAGAUAGCCAGUGGUCACUUUGCUAUUGUCAAAAAAUGCCACGAUAAGAAUAACAAGCGAUUGGAAUUCGCGGCAAAAUUUAUACGGAAAAGGCGUAGGGGAAAAACUUUUAGAGCUUCAGUUCUUAACGAAAUACGCAUCCAUAACAUGAUAUCGAAACAUGACAGAUUUAUAUCCCUGUAUCAAUGUUAUGAAACCAGUUCGGAAAUUAUAAUGAUCAUGGAAUAUGCUCACGGCGGAGAAAUAUUCCAGACACUGGAAGAGUGCAUGCCUGACAAAAAGGUGUUGAUUGAGGAAAAUGUGACCGUUCGCGUGAUAAGACAAGUUGUAGAAGCCCUAGCUUACUUGCAUUCUUUAAACAUUGUCCAUUUAGAUAUCAAACCCUCGAAUAUCCUUUUGACGCAGCCCCUGCCCCUAGGAGAUAUCAAAUUAUGUGAUUUCGGUCUUUCCAGGAUAAUCAACUCCAACGUUGAAAUGCGCGAAAUGAUUGGAACACCGGAUUAUGUUGCUCCUGAAGUAUUGAAUUACGACGCUCUCAGCACUCAAACUGACAUGUGGAGUCUAGGCGUUUUAACUUACGUCAUGUUAACCGGUCAUUCCCCAUUCUCUUCUAAUAAUAGCGAAUCCGAUACGGAAUCCGAAAGCGAAGAAAGUAAGGGAGGAGGCUCUAACAAUGAUAUGGUACAGGAGACUUACUUGAACAUAACUAUGUGCAAUCUUGAUUUUCCUUCAGAACUUUUUGAUCACAUCUCCAAGGAGGCCAUUGAUUUUAUCACGAAAUUGUGCGUUCUGCAUCCCAAGAAACGUAUGACAGCCAAACAAUGUUUGAAUCAUCAAUGGUUCUUAAACAAUGCUAAAUUAAAUGUCCUUCGCGAUGAAAACAUCCUUGUCGAACAAAUAGAGCAAAUAGAACAGGAAAUAUGUGACGUCAAAAUGUAUACCUUGUUCAGCAAAGUAUUCCCUAUACCCUCCCAGACUACCGGCGAAUUUCAAAUUUCCCCUCCCUCUAAAGAACCCCCUCAAAAACAAAUAAUUUUCAAACCAUCAUCUUACCAACCUUCUAUAGCCGAAGAAAUAACACCGCUACAAACUGGUGAACAGGAAACUACCAUAAAAACUAGGAAAGUUUCUCUUAAUUUAGGCGGAAAUGAAACCGAUGCUUUACCAAAAUUGACUCGGAAAAAGUUAUCAUUACCAAUUGACCAAACGUCCAAGCAUCUUAACUCCUUUGUCAUCGUUAAACGUCAUCACUCGACUUCACAAUGUGACAUAUACACAAAAACACCUAUUAAAGUAGCUGUUGAUGCAUUAAAAAACUUAAAAAAUGUGAAUAAUUUGAAUUACCGCGAUCUUAUUCCUAACACAACACCUCAUACCGCCUCAUUUCAAAAUGGGACACAUUCCACUAUGCUCAAUCCUGAUCCAUUGCCUACAUUGCAAUUUUUGAGGCUUAAUUGCGAAUAUACGCAAAAAAUUUAUCCUCAAAGUAAUCACGAUUAUAAUUGCGAAUCUCCUAAAAUUAACGGAAUCAUAAAAUCACCCGAUUGCCACACAACUCUCCCUCACACAGAUCAAAAUAACCAAAUUUUUUUGGAACCUAAAAAGUUAAAGCGCUACUCGGAAAGUCCCUCCUUUUAUCAGCCUAAUAUUAGAGAUAAGAUAAACGUCGAUAGAAAGAAAAGAUCCUCCUUAAACGAUCAAUUUGAAACCUUCGCCAUGAGAAACAAAUCCAACUCUUUCGCAAAAAAUCGUAAGUGUUUAGUCAACGGGAAAUUAUGCACGUACUCGACUUCCCAUAGUCAGGCAUCAUCUAUAAGUAGCAUUCAAGGAAAGUUGAAAUAUUACAACAACGAUAAUUCCCCUACUAAUUUUGCUGAUAAACAUCUAUUCAAGACUGAUGUAUGUAGUCAAGUUAAAACUAGCAAUUCCAAGCUAUCUGUUGGAACUUUAAACAUGUCGAAUAAAGAUUCAGAUAAGAGGCCCCCAUCUUCUCCACCAUCUCCUCAUAAUAAUUUAUUGAGUGGUCGGGCUUAACUUAUUAUAACUCAUUUUUAAAUUGAUCAAAAUAAUUAUUUGUAACUAUAGAAUUCCUUCAAAAAAGUUUAGAAUAGAUAUAAUAUAUUUGAAAUUAUAUUCUUAUUAAGUAUAUAAAUUUGGUAUUUGUAACAAGACAAUUUCAAUCUCAUCAAACCUAACUAUCUUAAAUAUAGUCAGUGCAAAGGUUUUAUUUAAAAUUAUAUCAGUAGGUCCAUAUCUCUAUUCAACUCUUAAAUCAAGUCUUUAU